AUGCUCCCGGAGCCCAAGUAUGACCGCUUCCGCGACGAGCCACUGACCGCCCCCAUGCCAUCGCCGGCCCCCGGGCCGUGCCCCGCGGCGGGCGAGGAGCCCGAGCCUGGUACCACCUUCUGCGCGCUGCUCCCGCGGAUGCCGCAGUGGAAGUUCCACGGCCCCGCCGGUUUCCUCGGCCGCGGACCCGCCGCCGCCGCAGCCAACCGGGACCUCUCCGGGCCAACCCGGGUGGGAGGCACAGCGGGGACGCCCUCGGCGCUGGCCGCCGUGCUGGGCGCCUGCGAUCCGCUCUGCGCCGCGCCCUGCACCGGACCGGCAGGCGGGCGGCCGCGGGGGGCGGCGGCGGCGACGACGGCGACGGCGGCGGGGCGGGCAGGGGCGGCCCGGGCGGGCGGGGACGAGUGGAGCCGCAAAGGCAGCUUCAUCCGCAAACCGGCGCAGGGCUGGCUGCACCCCGACGAGCGGGUGCUGGGGCCCGGCGUCUCCUACAUCGUCCGGUACAUGGGGUGCAUCGAGGUGCUGCGUUCCAUGAGGUCCCUUGACUUCAACACCCGGACACAGGUCACCAGGGAAGCCAUCAACAGACUGUACGAGGCAGUGCCGGGGGUGAAGGGCAUCUGGAAGAAGAAGGCUCCCAACAAAGCUCUCUUCUCCAUCCUGGGCAAGAGCAACCUCCGCUUCGCUGGCAUGAGCAUUGCUGUCAACAUCUCCGUCGAUGGGCUCAACCUCAUGAUCCCCACCACACGCCAGAUCAUCGCCAACCACCACAUGCAAUCCAUCUCCUUCGCCUCUGGCGGGGACACGGACACUACAGACUACGUCGCCUAUGUCGCCAAGGACCCCAUCAACCAGAGAGCCUGCCACAUCCUGGAGUGCUGUGAGGGGCUGGCUCAGAGUGUCAUCAGCACAGUGGGACAGGCCUUCGAGCUACGCUUCAAGCAGUACCUCCACAGCCCCCCCAAGGUGGUGGUACCCCCGGACAGGGUACUGGGUGCAGAGGAGUCAGCCUGGGGGGAGGAUGAAGAGACAGCUGAGCACGAUUACUACAACAGCAUCCCGGGAAAGGAGCCUCCCCCCGGGGGGCUGAUCGACUCCCGGCUCCGGCAUGGUGCCGUCCUGGGCCACAUCCACACACAGCCUUCCAGCUCCAGCCCCCCCAGCCAGGGUGGGCUUACAUUCAGGAGAGACCACAGUAGCCAGCUGGGGCCACCCUGGGACUUGGAGAGCCAGAGCCAGGCCUGUGACGGGUACCUGCAGGCAGACAGUCAGUGCCUGGGGCCAAGGGACUACGAGGAGCACAUGUAUGUGAACACACAGAGCCUGGACGCCUGGCAGCCGGAGGCAGCAGCCCGAGGGGCACCCGAGGAGAGCCCCAAGAAAGACCUCUUUGACAUGAGGCCGUUCGAGGAUGCCCUGAAGCUCCACGAGUGCAUCGCGGGGGGGGGCAGCAGCGGCGGCCCCCGCAUCGAGGACCAGUGGCCGAGUCCCCCCACGCGCAAGGCUCCCAUUGCCCCCACGGAGGAGCAGCUGCGGCGGGAGCCGUGGUACCACGGCAAGAUGAGCCGGAGGGAUGCCGAGAGACUCCUGCAGAUGGAUGGAGACUUCCUGGUGCGGGACAGCCUCACCAACCCCGGGCAGUAUGUGCUGACCGGCAUGCACAGCGGGCAGCCCAAGCACCUGCUGCUGGUGGAUCCUGAGGGCGUGGUGAGGACCAAGGACGUGCUGUUUGAGAGCAUCAGCCACCUCAUCAGCCACCACCGGCAGAACGAGCAGCCCAUCGUGGCUGCAGAGAGCGAGCUGCACCUCCGCCAGAUUGUCCAGAGGAAGCAGUGA